GCGUAUUGAGUUUCAUUUAAAUUUUACAACGGUCUUUUAGUUCCAACCGCGGCCACUCGCAUUUGGAUCGGUGAAAAAAUUUACCUGACAAAAUGGAAUUGGAUCAAGUGUUAAGAUAUGAAAAUGGUCAAAAAUUAUUCAUGGAAUUUCUUCGCAAAGAAUUUAGUGAAGAAAAUUUGGAAUUUUGGCUUGAAUGUCAACGAUUGAAAAAUAUUUCCGAUGUUAAAUUGAUUAAAAAAUUAUCUAGAGAAAUUUAUUCCAAAUAUAUUUCGUUGAAUGGUUCAAAAACUGUUAACAUUGAUUCGAAUACAUUGAAAAUGAUUCGAUCUAAUCUUAAUAAUCCAUCAAACAAUAUUUUUGAUAAAGCAGCCAAACAUGUUUAUGAAUUGAUGGAAAAUGAUUCAUAUCAACGAUUUAUGCAAACUACGGAAUAUCGAAAUCUUCAAUCAUCUUUAACAAUAGAGAAUCGAUCAUUAUCAAAUCGUAAAAGAAAAUCGAUUCCUAUAUAUGAGCCAGCUGAGGAUUCUAUUCACUAUCGUAGAACAGGACCGAUAUUUUGUGAUAAUAAUCAAUUAUCUCGAAUCAAAAAUUCACCCAUAUUAGCAAGAAGAUGGUCAAAUCAUCAAUUCAUCAAAGUAAUCAUGCCUGAUGGAUCAUAUGAAUUUGUUUCGAUCAUACAACAAUCAAUAAUUGGUUCAGUAAUUGAAAAUCUAUUGAUUAAAAGAUCGAUGCAAAAUUAUUGUUUUAAAAUCAUUGCCAUUGGAGAUAAUCAGGAAAUCGAACCAACUAGAAACAUUUCAUCUCUAGUCAUGACCGAUAUUCGAAUAGAAAGAGUGAUAAAUUUUUCCAUUUGUUUUCCUGAAGGAUAUAUGCUUUGCAUAGAAACUAAUCCAAAUAAAUUGGCUUAUUAUACCAUUGAAUCGAUAUUGAACAGAUUUGGAAUAUUCAUUCAUGACGUUGAAUUGACAAAUGAACAUGGUGUUAAACUUUGUGUUGAUUCAUUACUUAAAUCUUCUUCAUUUCUCGACGAAUGUGUGAUCAAUGUCAAAUAUAUGAGCAGUCUUCGAACAUUCUUGGAUUUAGGUGAUUUUAAUGAUCUUAAUCAAUUAAUCGAAGAUGGUAUCAUUAUCAAAUCGGUGAAGCAUAAAAAAUAUCAUGAUCGAAAGGAAAAGCCAUUCGAUUUUUUUGCUAUUGAUUGUUGUGAUCAAUCGAGAAAUGUAAAAAAGAUCGAAGAUGAUCGAUAUGAAAAUAUCGACAAUAAUCAAAUAAAAGAUAUUGAAAAUGUUGAUCUUGGAAAUUUAAGUUUCAGUAAUGAAACUAAAACGGAAGCAUUUUUGCUAAAUAUGAUGAUAAACGAUUCGAAUAGAUUCAAUUUUACCUGCUCAUCAAUGAAACAAAAUUAUUAUGAAAAUAUACAUGUUGAACAGAAAGAAAAUGAGAAUGAUAAAAGAGAAGACAGUAAAAAUUUACAUCAUGCAAAAUUCGUUUAUAUUGAUGAACCAUUAUAUGAAAACGAUCAGAUUAUUAGACAAGAAAUUAAUCGAAAAAACAUUUCAAAAAUAUCAAAAAUUAGUGAUAGUCCAUUUACCAAAUAUAUUCAAGAAUCACCAGUGAAAUUUUCGAUAUCUCAAUGUCCCGAAUAUUGUUCAAGAACGCAAUCAAAAAAUUCUACUCAUUUAAACAAAAAGAAGUCAUUAGCUUCAAUCAAACCGGAUUUAAUUUCCAUAACUCCGAAAACUCGAAUACGAACAUUAUCCAAGUUUCAUAAAUUCGUCUAAUGAUUUUUCAAACUUUCAAGUGUGAGAAAAUUUCCAGAAAACAUUCAUGUUUACGAUAAAUUUUCCAUUCAUCCAUGUG